UGUUAUUUUUCUCUCACAUUAAUGUUUGUUUGUUUGUCUGUCACGAGACUCAUACAUUGUGCUGCCAAUUAUAGUAACUCUCUAUUUCUCUUUCCAUCUCUCAAGUUCUGAAGAAGAAACAUGUGUGGAGGUGCUAUCAUCUCAGACUUCAUUGGUGUGAAGCGUGGCCGCAACCUCGCCGCGCAGGAACUAUGGUCUGAGCUUGACCCUUUCUCUGACUUCCUUGGCUUCCAUACCACCAAUUCCAAAAACCAACCACCCCUGCAGAAAAUUCCAGACAAAAAAGUGGUGUCAUCAUGUGAGAAGAAGAAGAAAAGCGUGGUGGGUGCAGAAAAGAAGAAGAGUGAUAGUGGGCGAGCUCGUAAAAACGUGUACAGAGGAAUCAGGCAAAGGCCAUGGGGCAAGUGGGCCGCGGAGAUAAGGGACCCACACAAGGGUGUUCGUGUCUGGCUCGGCACCUUCCCCACCGCCGAAGAAGCCGCCCAAGCCUACGACGACGCCGCCAUACGCAUCCGCGGCGACAAGGCCAAGCUCAACUUCCCGGCCACCACCAUUUCCGCCGCCGCCGCCGCUCCGCCACCCUCCAAAAAGCAACGCUGCCUCAGCCCUGACAUCAUCACUGAAGAAAGCAGCAGCAGCUCACAUUCCACCACUGGAUCCACCGGCGAAAGCGGCGGAGGAAACGACGAACUCGACCUGAAACAAAUUGAAUGGUUUCUAGGUUUGGAGAAUGAGCUGCCUGUUAGCAACAACAUUGGUGCUGAGUGGGACAACAUGGAUGACCUGUGGAUGCUGGACGACGUCGUUGUGCCCAACCGUCACUUAAUUUACUAGAAGGCUAAUAAUUAAUAAAUGGCGUUUUCUUAAGUUUUAGUUUUAUUUUAUAAAUUGUAGUAUAAAACUAUGUUGGUAUUUGUGUUCUUAGUUUUCUUCUGCUGUUUUGUCUCUUCUCUGGCUUUGGUAAUUUCUGUUUUGGACGGUUGAAUGAUUUCAAAAUUAGGUACUUAAUUACACCCUAUCAUGAUUGGGAUGAUGAUUAUAUAUUAUGAUUAUGAUGAUUAUAUAUAAAUAAAGGGUGAUUAAGUUAGGGCGCGUGA